UCCUACCGCUCCUACCUGGGACAUGGCUACUCCUGGCCCUGUGACUCCGGGGGCACCCUUUGAACCAUCGCAGCCCCCAGUCAUUGAGGGCUUCAGCCCCGGUGUCCACAGUACUCCGGAAAGCUUCAAGGAAAAGUUCCUUCGCAAGACUCGCGAGAACCCAAUGGUACCCAUAGGCUGCUUGGGCACGGCGGCCGCCCUUACCUACGGCCUCUUCUGCUUCCACCGGGGUCAGAGCCAGCGCUCCCAGCUCAUGAUGCGAACCCGUAUCGCCGCCCAGGGUUUCACUGUCGCAGCCAUCUUGCUGGGUCUUGCUGCAUCCGCUAUGAAAUCUAGAGCUUGAGCCUGCGACCUGGCCUUGAAAACUGCAGAGAUCAGUCCCAGCACCAGGAGCAACCCACCAGUCCUGCCAGCGGACUUAUUCCCUCAUCUCCUCUGAUGAACCCCUAUGUCUGUGGGGCAGGAGGUGGCCAGCUAUGCAGCCGACAGAUUUUUCAGGAAUCUUAGGUUCGGUUCAGUUUGGUGUUGCGUGCUUCUACUUGUACCUCACCUUCUUCACUUCCUGGCUAAUAAACUCUGAUCCACUUGUA